UAGUCAACCUUGAAACUAUUGUAAAAAUGUUGGCCAAUUCCGGUUAUGUUAUGACGCUAGCCAAUAGCAUUAUUGGUGUCGGCAUAUUAGCUAUGCCGUUUUGUUUUCAGAAGUGCGGCAUUAUUUUAUCAAUUGUUUUGUUGGUGGCCAGCAAUUGGGUAACACGAAUCUGUUGCCAUUAUCUCAUAAAAACGUCAUUGCUCACACGAAGAAAAAGUAUCGAACUCUUGGGUUUUCAUGCGUUUGGUACAUCGGGCAAAUUGUUGGUAGAGCUAUGCAUCAUCGGUUAUCUGCUGGGUACGUGUAUUACCUAUUUUGUGGUAGUCGGCGAUUUGGGACCACAAAUUGUUAAGAAAAUGUUGUCACUCGAACAUGACUAUCAUCAUUUGCGGACACUGUUAAUGUGUGGCGUAACGCUGGUGUGCAUUAUCCCAUUGGGUAUGUUGAAAAAUGUCAGCAGUUUGUCAACGGUGUGCACCGCAUCGAUUGGCUUUUAUGUUUGUUUGGUUAUCAAAAUUAUUUUGGAAUCGAAAACACACAUUAAGGCCAAUGAUUGGACCGGUGAGGUGGUAUAUUGGCAGCCGAGUGGAGUGCUGCAAUGUUUACCAAUUUUCAGUAUGGCUUUGUCGUGUCAAAUGCAACUUUUUGAAGUCUUCACCACCAUAAAUAAUCAAAGUCUGGAGAAGCUGAACGGUAUUGUGCGUAAUGCAACAUGGAUCUGCACCUUUGUCUAUAUAGCUGUGGGAUUUUUUGGUUAUGUUGCCUUUUGUACGCAGAAAUUUUCGGGAAAUAUUUUAAUUAACCUAUCCCCAUCCUUUGGCAGUGAUGUCAUCAAAAUUGGUUUUGUUCUAUCGGUGGCCUUUAGUUUCCCUUUGGUUAUAUUUCCUUGUCGUGCUAGCCUGUAUUCCUUAUUAUAUCGAAAGGGUCAAAUGGACGCCUCGGCCUAUAUUCCAGAAACCAGAUUCAAAGCCAUUACCCUCUUCAUUGUGAUUUUCUCUUUGGGUGUGGCCCUCACCAUUCCAUCAGUUGAAUUAAUUAUCGGUCUGGUUGGUUCAACAAUUGGUGUUGCGAUUUGUGUUAUGUUUCCGGCAGCUUGUUUCCGAUCAAUUAUACGCAAAAAUAGCAUGGAACGUAGUCUGGCCCAGCUAAUAAUUAUUGGUGGGUUUUGUCUUAUGAUUUUGGGUACGUACGCCAAUCUUUCCGCCAUUGAUGAAAAAAGUUCCGGACCCCAUAUGGAAGUGGCAAAAAUUGAUGAAAUCUUGCUGAAACCAACAGAGCUACCAGCGCCUCAUAAUCUCCUGGAUGAAAAAAUUAAAAAUAUUGAAAAGGCUAUGGAAGAGAAAUAUGCGGCCAAAGUUGAAGAAGAAAAUAAAAAUCAGGGACUAAAACAGAGUCUGGAAAAUCCCAUUAAGGCCAAUAAUAAUUCACAAAUAACAGCGAAGAUAGAGAAACCAUCACCGCCACCAUUGCCGGUGGAUGAAAUACAUUUACCACAUGUCGAUGAGGAUAUAAAGGAAAAGAAAGUUGAGGAGGUUAAAACGGAUUUGGGGCUAGAGAAAAAUGAGGAAAAUGUCCAGCCACCAGCUGCCCCUAAAGAAGAAGAAAUCAAUAUUCAAGCAAAAGAAAGUAAAUCAGACAUUAAAAUUGUGGAAAACAAAGAGGUAGGGGAUAAGAAAUCAGAAAAUUCCAAAACCACAGCUGCAUUGCCACAACAAACCAUUGACCAUGAUGCCAUUCGCAAGGAUGAAGAAAUUGCCAAAGAAGAAAUGAAAAUUGAAAAUAAGCAAGAAAACGAAGAGCUAAAGAAAACCAAGGAAGAAUUGGAGAAAACAAAAGAUUUACUUGAAAAGAAAGUCGAAGAACUCAAGGAGGAGUUGGUAAAACAAAAUCAGGAAACCCAGAAUUUGGUGGUAGAAAAACUGGGAGAAGUUGUAGAGAAAUUUGAGGAGAUCGAACGUAAAGUACAAAAUCAAAAGGUAGAUGAUAGACAGGAUAAACCAGCUUUGAAUGAUCAAGCUGUCAAAGGUGAGGAGAAAGUGAAAGAAGAAAAACAAGACUUAAACAAAGUUAACAAUACAGCGAAUGCUGUCGUAACACCCAGUAAAGGGUCAUUAAUUUCCAUAUUGACUGAUAAUAGAAAUUUAAGCAAUGAUCUCCAUGCACAACCAGAAUCUGCAGUCUAUGAACCUUUGUCAUAUAAAACCGGUGAAUUAAUUGAACAUGCCCGCAAUAGCAGCAGUAAUUUGGAAAAACGUUUACCAUUACCAUUGGCUUUGCUCAUCAAUGCAUCACAGGCAAAAAUAAAUGAAAGCAUUUCAAAUAAUAAAAUCCCAAAAGAAACUUUAAAUGUGACAAAUUCAAAUAAUGCCAACAGAACCCAAGAAACGGAUAAAAUCAACAUUGAUUCUAUUCGAAGAGAAAUUUUACAAUUACAUGAAACCGCCGAAAAUAGUAACUCUCCCACCAAUGAUAACACCCAACAACACCAACCGCUAGACAAUAAAAACAACGCACAUCGCAUGAAGCGUUCCAAUCUAAUGUCUGAAGAUAAUUGCCUACCAGAACCAAAUAUUGAAAAUUUAUUGGCCGGUUCCUCUAGUUUAGGUAAUGCCGCUGGAGAUUUGGAAAUGAAAAUUGGUCGUGAUUUAAAAUCUAUUGAUAGUGAAGAUUAA